UUCAAGGCAACUGGCUUAAUGCCCAUUGAUAAGACAAAGUAUAACAAUGAGAGGCUAGAUCCUAUCAAAUUGGCAACAUACAACUCAUGGGUAAGCAAAGGGAUGCCAACUAAUGAGAAUAAUGACCCAAUCCUUGAAGAGAUACCCGAGCCAAAUAAUCAGGAAGAGCCACAAAUUGAACUGCCCAUUGAACCAAUUAGGACAUCAACACCAGCUCCUACAACACUCACUCAUACAGAUUCAAAGGCAGGCUGCAGCCACUGGACAAAUGAUCAGUCUAAUUCAUUAACUAGUCAAAUUAAUCAAGAUGCAGAGAACAAUACUUUGAGUAAAUUCAGCACAGCAGAACUGGUUGAUGAACUGCAAAGAAGAGCCCCUUCAGGUAUGAAGUACACCAUCACUUUGGAGUUAAAACCUACUGAAACCACUCUGGAGGAGGUGCUCCAUGCCCGCGGUCGAAGUGCUACCCCAGUUAUGAAACGUAGAAGAGUAAUACCUAUGAAAGGACAGGUUAUUACCAAUGAAGAGUGCUUAAAAGAGAUCAAGAGUAAAGAGGAGAAUCUCACAGUAUUUUCUUUGAGUUUGAAAGGUCAGCUUUUUGUUGUAUGUGAUGCCAAGGACCUGCCACCUACCCACACUACAAGGCCUGCAAGUCUGUCAUUGAUUGUUUCAGUAACUAGCAUCGUUUUUCUGCUGUAACUAGCAGAUAUUGUCAAGUCUGGAAAGACUUCUGUUUCAGGUACGAGAUUUAGCAGGUCACUCAUAUUGCUGUAUUUGGCACUGUCAGUGCCAAAUACAAGUAGUUUCUCUGUGCCACAUAUGGCUGAAUGCUCCCUCUGUGCCUGACGGUACCACACUGCCACUGUGGCUUUUGCCUAGUUCUGCACUCCUGACAGAUGUCAUAAGCAAGUGGAGGUUAGAAGCUGUGUUCCUUCUGGAAUCUAUACUGGCAGCGGCAUCGCAGGUGGUGUUUCUGUAGGUGUUACGUGAAUUGCAUACUUAAUAUCUUCUCCGGUAUUUCACUAAUGGUAGACUAAAUGACACUGAUAGUUCCUGACAUCUGCUUUACUUGAUUUCUUGUGAAUUGGAACAUUACUUGUUCUCCAUUUUAGUGGCCACUUAAUUAGGCUGAUGAAAACUGUUAUUAAAUAAUGUGGCAAGUGGCUGAGAUCAUUCGUCAUCACAUCUGUGGAGCACACGUGGACUUGGGUCAUCUCGACCUACAACUUUUGUUUCCUUGAGGUCCUUUAGCAAUCUUGAUACUUCUGGACUUUAUGUUCAGGAUGGUUAAUUUCUCCAUUAUUAGUUCAGGAAGAGUUGGUGGUCAACAAUGAGGGUCAGGUACUUGCAUCUUCUGAGCACUG